CGGAGUCAGCGAUGGAUUUCUCCCGGUUCCUCUCGGAUGAUUUUGAGGUGAAGAGCUGGGUGAACGCGGCCUUUCGGGCCGUGCAGCAGGAGGCCCCCGGUAAGGUGGACGCGCACGCCGCUACCCUGGUGAUGAAGCUGCAGCUCUUCAUCCAGGAGGUCAACAACGCCGUGGAAGAAACAAGCCACCAGGCUCUGCAGAACAUGCCCAGAGUCCUCCGGGAAGUGGAAGUCUUGAAACAGGAGGCAACUUUCCUGAAGGAGCAAAUGAUCCUGGUUAAAGAAGAUAUCAAGAAAUUUGAGGAAGACACAGCUCAGUCGAUGCAGGUCCUGGUAGAGAUCGACCGGGUGAAAUCUAGGAUGCAGUUGGCUGCUGAGUCCCUUCAGGAGGCAGACAAAUGGAGCACGUUAAGUGCAGACAUUGAGGAGACUCUUAAAACACAGGACGUGUCUGUGAUUUCAGCCAAGCUGACGAGCAUGCAGAGCAGCCUGGCCAUGCUCGUGGACACGCCGGAUUACUCCGAGAAGUGCGUGCACCUUGAGGCGCUGAAGAACCGACUGGAGGCCAUGGCCAGCCCCCAGAUCGUCGCUGCUUUUAACUCCCAGUCUGUCGAUCAGGCCAAAACGUUUGUUAAAGUUUUCACUGAAAUCGAUCGGAUGCCCCAGCUUCUUGCUUAUUACUAUAAAUGUCACAAGGUGCAGCUGGUGGCCGCGUGGCAGGACCUUUGCCAAAGUGACUCGAGCUUGACUCGCCAGCUGGCUGAGCUGUACGACACCCUCCUGGGGACCUGGCACUCGCAGCUUCAGUGGGCAGCGCAGGUUUUCAGGAACCCCCAUGAGAUUGUGACUGUGCUGUUGAUUCAGACUCUGGGGGCGCUGGUGCCCUCCAUCCCUGUCUGCCUCAGCACUGCCAUGGAGAGAGCGGGCCAAGAGACCAAGCUGAACAAGCUGCUGGAGCUCUACGAUGCCACCAUCCACUUCGCAAAGGGGCUGGAAGCGGCGAUGCUGCCAAACCUGAAGGAGCAGAACCUGGUAAAGAUGAUGGAACUGGUGGAAGCGGUGUAUGGUCCCUACAAGCCCUAUCAACUUGAUUAUGGAGACCUGGAGGAAGAGAAUCUCCUCAUUCAGAUCAGCGCAGUGCCCCUGGAGCACUGGGAAGUGAUUGACUGUGUCCAGGAGCUGAACCACUCGGUCAGCAAACUCUUCACGCUGGCUUCGGGAGCCAUCGACAACUGCCUGAAGCUCACGGAUGGACUGGGAGUGUGUGGGCUGCUGAAGGCGCUGAAGGCCCUGUUCACAAAGUAUACAUCUGACUUCACAAAUGCCUUGCAGUCCAUACGGAAGAAAUGUAAACUGGAUGAUGUCCUAUCAGAGUCCCUCUUCCAGGAGGACUGGACUGCAUUCCAGAACUCUGUCCGGAUAAUUACUACUUGUGGUGAGCUCCUUCGUCAGUGUGGAGACUUUGAGCAGCAGCUGGCCAACAGGAUUUUAUCAACUGCUGGGAAGUAUCUCUCGGACACCUACAGCCCUUGCAGUUUUUCUGGCUUUCAGGACACCAGCUCUGCAGAAAAGAAGAGCUCUGUGAAGAAUCCCUGGCAGGAGUACAAUUAUCUUUUGAAGGAGAACCCAUCCGAGUACGCCAGCCUUAUGGAGACGCUUUACACUCUAAAGGAAAAAGGUACAAGUAACCACAACCUGCUGUCUUCAUCGCGAUCUGCCCUAAGCCGCCUCAACCAGCUGGCGCACCACUUGGCUUUUGAUUCUGUUUUCACUCGCAUCAAACAGCAACUCUUGCUCGUGUCAAAGAUGGAGGGCUGGAACUCCGGUGGCAUUGGGGAGACCCUGACAGAGGACCUGCCAAACUUCAGCCUGACUCCGCUGGAGUAUAUCAGCAAUAUUGGGCAGUACAUUAUGUCGCUUCCUCUGCACCUCGAGCCGUUUGUCACUCAGGAGGAUUCUGCUCUGGAAGUGGCGUUACACGCUGGGAAACUGCCUUACCCCCCAGAGCAAGGAGAUGAAUUGCCUGAGCUGGACAACAUGGCUGAUUACUGGCUGGGCUCCAUCGCCAGAGCCACCAUGCAGACGUACUGCGAAGUCAUCCUGCAGAUCCCAGAGCUCACAGCGCACUCGGCAAAGCAGCUGGCCACUGACAUUGAUUAUCUGAUAAAUGUGAUGGAUGCCCUCGGCCUCCAGCCAUCACGAACACUGCAAAACAUUGUGGCUCUGUUGAAGGCGAAGCCAGAGGACUUCCGGCAAACCGCGAAGAGCGCGCCGCGCCGAAUGGCCAGCAGCAUCGCCGCGAUGAGGGGCCUGGAGUGUUAGCGGGGCCAGCCCCGCUGCUGGAGCUGGACUGCCUGCGUUGGGUUUGUGUCCCUGUAAACCCUGCAAGGACAGUGAAAACGCCUCUGAGGCUUUGUUUCUGACUAACUGUUAAUAAAUGUCUCUGUCCAGGAAAA